AUGCCAAGGAUCUGGUGCAUUUUGCUCCUUGGUGGCUGGCUGGCAGCGUCACAAAGCGCCAGUGGACCGGGGGCCGUCCUCAGGAUGGAUAUUGGGACAAUCGACCCGGUCUCCACUGCGCUGAAUGAGAGCAAUGUUCUUCAGAAACUGGUGGAGGAAGCAGCAAAAAAAAAGCCGAACAUGAAACCCAUCAAAGGCAUCUCCAGGCUGAAAGUGAUAGACCUCCGUCCCCCGGUGAUAUCGCUGACACUCUCACCAGGCGUGGGGCUGUUCAUGGCCGUGCUGGUCCAGAUGACCAUCACUGGGAGAAGCUUUGUAGGAGGAAACAUGGAAAUCAAGGUGGCAGCAAACCUGACCGCCAGCGCGCGGCUGGCGCAGGACACCCAGAGCUGCCCGUGGUUCAGCACCGAGAGCUGCCACAUCGCCCUGCUCAGCGCCAAAACCAACCUGCCCAGCAGCAUGCUGCCCCAAGUCAUGAGCAAGUUUCUGGACAGCACCCUUCAGAAAGUGCUGCCCAGCCUGCUGUGUCCGGCCGUGGACGCGGUGCUCAACCUCGUGAAUGCAAAAUUCACCACCAUGACUUCUGCGAUCCCUCUUGGCACUGCUGGCACCCUCCGAUACGCGUUGCUGGACCCACCUGUGACAAGCGAAAAUUUCAUACAGCUGGAUUUGAGGACCAUCCUCCACGAAACAGAGGGAGAGGAGGUCGACCUUCCAGCAGACCAGCUGUCUCUUACUUCUCUGCCACCAAAGAGGGAGGCUGCUACCCAGCUCAUCCUGUCUGCAGGCUUCUUGAGUGCUGAGCUCUUUGUUAUGCAGGCGUCCUUCAGCCUGAACAUCAGCAAUAACAUGAUUCUUGGGCUUCCCCCGCUGGUGACCACGACGCUUGGAGCCCUCAUCCCAGAGCUUUCCAUGGUGCUGCCUCCAUCACAGCCGCUGGUGAUUGAAAUGAGAGAAGCAAAUCCACCACUAGUGACAAUAACCCCGGACAAAAGCAUUGUGCACCUCUUCAGCACUGCCGAGUUUCGGGUUUCCAGCCCAGACUAUGAUCUUGGAUCCCUCUUUGUCCUGGAUGUGCACUCCGACCUGAGAGCGCAGUUUGCUGUUGUGGAAGAGAGGCUGCAGCUCUCCCUUGCUCUGGACAGCUUGUCCCAGGUGGCCUUGGCGUCCUCCUCCAUCGGCAUGUUUGACGAGCUGCCGCUGAAAGGAGUUCUCGCAGACAUUAUUCAUGUGGCCUACGUGCCAUCCAUCAACAGGGCGCUGCGAGGAGGGGUCCCGCUGCCCCCACUGCUGGGCACCCCAUACUGGCAGGUGGAGGUCGGCCGGCUGCAGAAUGGGCUCGUGCUGGAUGUGCCUGUCGCGGUGAUCUGACGCACGGGGAGGGACGGCUGCACCCGGCUGCUGCUGCGCGACUGAGCCGGAGCGGGUGGCAGAGGGAACGGCGAGGGUGGUGGCUUUCCUGGGGUGCUUCUUCCUCUUUGCUUGACUUCUCAACAUUUUCCCUCCUGAGCUAAAAUUAAAAGACCUGAUCACUUAGUGACGGGACUCUGGCCUGCUGUGCAUUUAGUGGAGCCAGCCGGGCAUGUCUUUGCUGAGGUCGCAUUUCUGAAAAGGGCUGGCCCCUGAAUUGAUCACGUCUGCAACAAAAACGGCACAGGCAUCGGGGUGGUGGGGGGCUGCGACACCCACAUCUCCCCUGGGAGGGGGGGCAAGAAGGGU